AUACAUGGACUCGUGUAGCGAACAGACCAUUGCUCUAGGGCAAGGAUGGCUAAGCCGAGAGAAACACGACGAAGCUGCUCCACAAGCCAGAUCGCUGAGACCUGCAAGCACUCCAUGAACAGACAGUGGUCUAGUGUAGACCUCGCAGACUUUCGAAGGUUCAUUUUUCAUAAUCUUGGCAGGGUGGCUUUGGUAGUUGAUCAGCAGUGCGAGCACUACUGCCUGUCGAUAUGAGAGGUUUCCUCUCUUGGGCUACAUCGCUAGCACCAACUAUUAUUGUGUUAACUUUUAAACACUAACUAAUGCCUGCAAUCUAAGACGUGGCAGCAUGGCGCUUUGGAAAAAUACGUAUUUCGUUUGUCUAGUUUUAGUCUGCGUCCUAUUGGAGCAAUGCAAUUGUCAGCUGGCACCUCGCCCACGGCCGCGAUCACCUAAAUCACCUAUGGCACCAGGCAGGAGGCAGCCUCUUCCUUCCAGGCCUGGUGGUGGAUUUGCAGGAAGCCCAAGGGCAGGAGUAGUCGCAAGUCCAGGAAGACAACCCUCUUCGGGACCAGGCUCUAGAGGGCUACCCAGAAGACAGCCGCGGCCUAUGCCCAGGUAUCCUAGCAGGCCUGGCAGGCCUAGCCAGCUAUUACCACGACCAUACGACUACAGGGGUCGUGAACAAGCUCCGAACAUGGUGCAUCCACCGCCCAGAAUGGUCACAGCGCAACCUGUAACCUAUCCUGGCGCUGGUGGAGCUCCGCACGGGAGAACGUUUUGCGGAGCAGGUGAAUACUAUACUCCCGGGCAGGAGAUGUGCUGUUCGCGCGAAGUUGUACCCAUGCCAUAUGCCAUGCCACCUGAGUUUUCGGAAUGCUGCGAUGGCGAAGUGAUAGACAAUCGUACCGAAACUUGCUGUGCGGGUGAGAGGGUGUUUGUGAACGAGCAGGGAUGCUGCGGAGGGGAGCCGUACGAAAUCCGAUCACAAUCGUGUUGUGGAACUCGGCUUUAUGAGCCUCGAGGCCGGAUUUGCUGUGGCGGUCAGUUGAUCAGAGCAAUGAACACGCUCUGCUGCCGUGGUAAUCCUGUGGCAGUCAAGGGCGAUCCGAACAAGCACAUCUGUUGUGGAAGUAUGGCGGUCAACACUGUCACACAGAAGUGCUGUGGCAAGCGCGUGGUGUCCAUCGAUUCGGUGACUCGCGGCUGUUGUGGAGAGCGAAUGGUCUACGAUAUGGAGACAGAAAGCUGCUGCCAGGAUGAUGUGACUGGAAGAUUUCGAAUCAAACCGGGUUUGCGAUGCGGAUUGGCAUCUCCGGCGUUACCAUUACAGUACCAGCCCGGGCAUGGAGCCGGUCCCGAACAUGGAGGUGUUCCCGUGCAUGGAGGUGUUCCCGUACAUGGAGGUGUUCCCGUACAUGGAGGUGCUCCCGUACAUGGCGGUGUUCCCGUACAUGGAGGUGUUCCCGUACAUGGAGGUGCUCCCGGACAACAGGCGCAUUUGGUACAGGGUGGUGGUGGAUUCCAGUACCUCCCUUCUCAAGGCGGGUAUCAAACAAUCAUCCCACAACCUGGUGCUGUAAAUCGCCUCCUUCUGGUUCCCAUUCCUCAAGCGCCCGGCAAUCCCGGACCCCAAUACCUACCCCAGAGACGCCCAACACCGAUCCAACUGCCACCGGGGCUUCCGGGCAACUUUCCAAGAUAUAUAGGAGAUCGGCCUUCCCAAGCGCAGGAGCCUUCGUUUAAACCCAUACAAUAUCCCAGCCUCCUACCAACCAAAUUGCCAGCAACAUAUACAGGUAGUCUCGUGUACUUCAGUCCAACAACGAAGAAACCAUGAUGGUAUAGAGAGUAUGCAUUAGUUUGCGGGGAAUGUGCAAACGGGAAAGAUUGACUGUCCCCGCCAGGACUCGAACCAGGGACCCGUGCUUAUGGUCAGCCAUGCUCUGCCGCUAAGCUAUGGGUAGUUAAUAAUCUUUAUUUCAGGAUUACCCAAAGGCUAACGCCUAUCUGGGGGAUCUCCUAUUUGUUAUGGAGAGUGCUAUGAUUUCCACUGGAAUGCUGUUUAAUCUGCACAUAACGCCCUGUCUACAAGCACUAGCUCUGUUGUUGGCAAGAACGGUUAGAACCUUGUUUUGAUACCAGUACCCGUAUACAAUGUACUUGAUGAUGGUUAAAAGCAACAGACGGAGAGAGAGAGAGAGAGAGACAGACAAAUAUAUAUACAGACUGAAGUAUAGACCCUAGACUGGACGUCUGCACCCCUUUAUUUCUUUAUGGAGCAAUCAGCACCUUGGCCUGCGUUGCACAAUGUAGGUCUAUGCAUAGUGUCACUGGCAUAGCACACUAGCAUCGCACUUUGUACUUCGUUUCGGACACAAGUGUGCAGUUGUAUGCAAAACUAGAAACGAGAGGCAAGACGUUUCUCUACAGAUUUGAAACCAAGGGAGCAGGAAACAGUGUCGCCAGGUUUGUGCAGUCACCAGCAAGAGCUCUGGUCUCUACAUGAUAGUAUGAUACCCUUUCCUCUUUCUAUACCGCAAACAGUUUAGUUACAUAUGUUAUGCUAUUGUCUUGAGCGCUUCGUACUGAGUUACUGUGUUUCAUUUCUUGCACUUUGAGGUCUUGAGACUAACAUUUCUAUCUGUAAUCUGUAACAUUCUUUACUCACUCCUAUACUUAACAAGAGGUAGUGAUUAGAUAUUCUGAUAAUUCGAA